AUGCUACAUAAAAUUCCUUUUUUUUAUGUGCUAUGUGUAGCACUUAUCAUGUUAAUACAUAUGAAUAACCCAUUUGUAUAUUCAAAUAUAAAAAAAUGUAACAAACACAUGAAUUCAAUAAAUAUAUCUAAUUUUCCUGGAGGGGAAGGGAAUUUAUGUGGUCGUUUUAAGAAUAUAUUACCCCGUUUUUUCAAAACAUUAUCAUAUAAAAAUUUGAGUCCUUAUAAAAAUUUAGAAGAGUUUAAUGAGCCAAAUAUAUGUUAUAAACAAAUUGAUAAUUUCAAACAAUGUUUGUAUAAAAAUAAUGGAAAAGAACAAGUUACAAAAAGUGAUGAAAAAAGGAAAACAUAUAAAAAUAAAUCAAAAUUGUUAUUUAUAAAUUCUUCAAAUUCACCUCAUUUUAAUUUAAAAAAAAACUGGAAUAAAAAUCAAGGUCUAAAUUAUUUAUUCAAUCGUAAAUUAAUGUAUACUCAAGAAAAUUAUAAAAAUAAUGUGUACUUGAAAAUAUUUAAUUCAGAAAAAAAAAAUUAUUCAAUUCAUUCGUUAGGAGAUAAUAGUACAAAUGAUGAUAAUACAAUUUCGAAUAAAAACAUAAAUAACUGUUAUGAAAAUUAUAAUGGAAAUAAUUUGGAUAAAUAUUUUGACAAAAUAAAUAAAUAUAUAAAUGUAGACAUGUAUAAAAAUAAAUAUGGAGAAGAAAUUUACAACGAAAUAGUAAAUCUAUAUGUUAAAAGAGAUAUUCCUAAAAAUUAUGAACAGAAAUAUUUUUUUAAAAAUGUAAAAAAAAGUAUAAUUUUUGAUAUAGAUAAAUAUAAUGAUGAAGAAUUUGAAAAAAAAAUCCAAGAAGAAUUUACAAAUAAUGGAGUAUUAAUAAAUACUAUAAAUAAAAAAUAUUAUAACAAAAAAAAUAUAAAAAGAAUGAUAACUAUUCUUAAUUAUUUACCAUUAUUAAAAAUAAUUAAUACUCCUAUGGAUUUAAAAAAUUUAAAAAAAAAAUAUUUACCUUUAUUAUCACAUGAAUUAAAAAUAUUUCAUUUUUUUUUAGUAAAUAUAACAGCAGGUCAUUUCUCACCAUCUCUUAGCUUAUUAGAAUUACAACUAUCUUUGUUAUAUAUUUUUAAUCCACCUUUAGAUGAAAUUAUAUAUGAUAUAGGCCAUCAAACAUAUAUACAUAAAAUAUUAACUGGUAGAAAAUUAUUAUUUUUAUCUUUAAGACAAAAAAAUGGAAUUAGUGGUUUUUUAAAUAUUUUUGAAAGUAGUUAUGAUAAAUUUGGUGCAGGGCAUAGUUCAACCGCUUUAAGUGCAAUCCAAGGUAUAUAUGAAGGAGAUUGGCAAUUAUUAUGUUCUAAUAAAAAAGAAAAUGAUAUUUUAAAAAUUGAAAAUAAUUGUGAUCGUAGUUAUUCACCAAAUAAAUUCUACAUUUCUAUUAUUGGAGAUGGAGGAUUAACUGGUGGAAUGGCUUUAGAAGCAUUAAAUUAUAUAUCUUUUUUAAAUUCAAAAGUUUUGAUAAUUUAUAAUGAUAAUAGACAAGUUUCGCUUCCUACAAAUGGAAAGUGUAUAUCUGGGAAUAAACCAAUAGGCGCUAUUUCAGAUCAUUUAUAUGAUUUUGUCAAAAAAAAUGGACAAAUAAUUGGAAAUGAAAAUUUAAACAAAGUUAACCAUUACAAUAGUAAAGAAAAUAACAUUAACGAGUCAGAUAAAAAAGAAAAUAACAUUAACGAGUCAGAUAAAAAAGAAAAUAACAUUAACGAGUCAGGUAAAAAAGAAAAUAUUUUUACAAAUCUUAAUUAUAAUUAUAUAGGACCUAUUGAUGGAAAUAAUAUAGAACAAGUUAUAAAAAUUUUAGAAGAUAUAAAAAAUAAGGGUAUACAAAAAUCAACCAUACUUCACAUAUUAACAAACAAAUCUAGCGAUUUUAUAAAUUCAAAAAGUCCAAUAAAUAUUAUGCAUUCAAUAAAAAAAAAUGAAAUUUUCAAAUUUAAUAUAGAAGAAUUGGAUAGUUGCCAUGACGAAAAUAAUAAUGAACAAUCUAAAAAAGAAGAUAACGAAAAAAAAGAUACUAUACUAAAUGAUAACGAAAUAUUUUCAAACGAAACAUAUAUUAAUGUAUAUACAAAAGAAAUGCUAAAAUAUUUAGAAAAAAAUAAAAAUAUUAUAUUUAUUUCUCCAGCUAUGUUAGGAGGUUCUGGAUUAUUAGAUAUUAGCCAAAAAUAUCCAAAAAAUGUUUAUGAUGUAGGAAUAUCAGAACAACAUGCUGUUACAUUUUCAGCUUCUAUGAGUUUGAAUAAAAAUUUAAAUGUACAUUUACAUAUAUAUUCAACAUUUAUGCAAAGAGCAUAUGACCAAAUAAUACAUGAUUUAAAUUUACAAAAAAUUCCAUUAAAUAUUAUAAUUAAUAGAAGUGGUUUAGUAGGUGAAGAUGGGGCUACACAUCAAGGUAUUUAUGACUUGUCUUAUUUAGGUGUUUUAAAUAAUUCUACUAUUAUAUCACCAAGUAAUGAUAUAUCUUUAAAAAAAGCUUUAAAAUAUUGUUCUAUAAAUAGAAAAGAAGGUUCUAUAUAUAUUAGACUCCCUAAAGUUAACACAUUAAGUAAUAGUUACAUGGAAAAUUAUUUAAAUAUAAAUAUUAUGAAAGAUCUAGAAGAGAUUGAAAAAAUUGGAGAUCCAGAAUAUGCUCGAAACAACUACUUUGGUAAAUCACAAAUAAUUCAAAUGAGUAGAGAAAAAAAAGGAAAAAAAUUAGUCUGUAUAUUUAAUAUGGGAAGUAUGUUAUAUAAUAUUGUAAAUGCAAUAAAAGAAAUAGAAAAAGAUGAAAAAUUUUCUGAAAAUUUUUCUUUUUCAAUUAUUGAUAUGAUAUUUUUAAAUCCAAUGGAUAAAAAUAUUAUAGAUUAUGUAAUAAAUAAAAAUAAACAUAAUUAUUUAAUUACAUAUGAAGAUAAUACAUUAGGUGGUUUUUACACACACUUUAAUAAUUAUUUAAUUGAAAAAAAUUAUAUAUUAAAAAAUAAGUUAUAUGUUAAAAAUAUUUAUUUUCCAAAUCAUCCAAUAGAACAUGCUACAUAUAAAGAACAACAAGAAUUUGUCAAAAUGGAUCAACACAAUUUAAUAUAUCGAAUUAAAAAUUAUUUAACAAACAAUUUUUAA